AGGGCGGCCUCCCGCUGCCUGUCGGGUGCUCGGGGCCGGCCGGAGCUGCUGUCUGCACGCCAUGGCCGGGCUGCUGGCGCUGCUGGGCCCGGCGGGCAGGGUGAGCGCCCGGGUCGGGCCUCGCGUGAGCUGGCUGCUGGGCGCCGCGGCCCCGUGCGCCCCUUGCCCCCCGCCGCCCCUGGCCCUGGCCUCGCUCCGGCCGGGGCCGGACGCCCGGCUGUUGCGAACGACCCGCGGGGACUGCCAGCGCCAGGAUCCCAGCAGAGUGACGGAGACAACAGGUAGCAGUGUCAGCGCGGGGGAGAGCAAGCAGACCAAGGCUCAGCAGCUCAAGAAGAUCUUCCAGGAAUAUGGGGCUGUGGCCGUGUCCCUGCACAUUGGGAUCUCGCUCAUCUCCCUGGGCUUGUUUUACAUGGUGGUUUCAAGUGGCGUGGACAUAUCUACAGUCCUGACGAAGCUCGGGUUUUCGGAGGCGCUGGUCCAGUCCAAGUUGGCAGCGGGCACCAGCACCUUUGUGGUGGCCUACGCGAUCCACAAGCUCUUCGCGCCAGUGCGAAUCAGCAUCACCUUGGUCUCUGUGCCCUUCAUUGUCAGACAUUUUAGGAAAGUGGGAUUCUUUAAGCCUCCAGCUGUGAAACCUUAAUGAACUCUUUCGUUGUGGGCAGAUUUGAUAGGUUUUAGCAUUUAGGAAUUUGGGGAUGGGGUGGCCACGGAUGGGCAGAGAGCUGUCUCAGAGUUUCUUCUGCUAGAAAGUCAGGUUUUGAAUUACGUUUUUUUGGCUUAAAAACCUUGUUAAGCUGCUUAGCACAGGGCUCGUGUAUAUAAUGUAGAAUGUCAGCAAAGCAUCACCAGUGAGUCAGCAUCUCAGCCCGAACCUAGAGUGUUCCUUCU